AUGUCGACUCCCUUAGAGACCCUUUCGCAGGUCCCUUCUUCCUCAUAUUGUAAUCCAUAUCUAAUACUGGCUAGUUGGCCAUGUCCUGUUCCUCAACUCCAAUCACCGUACUCGGCGUCUUAUUUCGAACACUUGGCGCUUCCCCUAGUUGUUGAUCAUGGACAUACGGGAGUCAACCAACUUGGAGGCGUUUUGUUAAUGGACGCCCACUGCCUGAUCUCCCCAUCAGAAAUCGACGGGAUCGAUACGACCAGGAGUAAUCGGUGGAUCGAAACCAAAAAGUCGCCACACCUCGAGUGGUCGAUUGUAUCACUGGAUAUAAAAGAAACAAUCCGACGAUGUUCGCGUGGGGAGAUUCGGGAAAGGCUUCUUCGUGAAGGGAUUUGCGAUGCCGAGAAUGUCCCAUCGGUUUCCCUCAAUCAAUCGAAUUUUUUAAAUGUGAUAUUGUUGUUGAAGGAGCUUUUUGUUGAAAAGCACAUCGAAGAAAUAGUAAAAGUGGUGGAAAAGAAACCCGAACUAGUGGAAGAAAAGCCGUCAAAACUCGCCGGAAAGUCUCAACCUACAACAUUUGGAAACAGAGUUGUGAAGAAGAAAGAAGCGGUUGAGCAACAACAGCAACAACAGCAACAACAACAACAGCAACAACAGCAACAACAACAACAGCAACAACAACAACAACAGCAACAACAACAACAGCAACAACAACAACAACAGCAACAACAACAACAGCAACAACAACAACAACAGCAACAACAACAACAGCAACAACAACAGCAACAACAACAACAGCAACAACAACAACCAACAGCAACAACAGCAGCAAACAACAGCAACAACAACAACAACAACAGCAACAACAACAACGACAACGCG